AAAUCACACAACAAAGUAAAAAACAAUUAAUUUAUAACAAAAACUUUGUAAACAAAUGUGUAAGCAGCAGAAUUGUCUUUAGAAGAGCUGAGAUGAAGACCUCUCCUCCAAAUAUUUCAGUUCUUUCAAGAAGUCAAAUACACCACACAAAUGAAUCUAAGGAAGUAUAACUAACCAAACUCUAUAUAUAAUAAGAGUCGCACUUUAAAUUGUGAUAAAUUGAGACCAGAAAAUCAGUACUUGAAUUGCGUUGAUGUUAGUGGCAAGCUUUAUAGCCUAUACAAUCUUUGUGAUGACAUUGAAGCUGGGAACUCGCUAAAAAAGAAUCAGUCCAAACGAAAUAAGCGUCUUAGAAUUAAACCUCUUCGAUCGAAAAGGGAUACAAAAAUAUCGAACCUGAUAAAUCCGAAUAUAUUUGCACGCAAAUCGCGAAGGCAAUCAGCUAAGAAAACUUCUGAUAAGGGGCCAGUGAGUUGUGACGUAGAUAUGGAACCUCCACUAGGUGUGCCCAUUACAGAUCCAAUGGAAAGGAUCAGCGAAGCCGAGCCUAGUCUGGAAACUGAGGAACCACGACGACCGCGCGGAAGGCCCAAAAAGGUUGUGAAAUCCUCUAGUCCUACUGCUUUAGACCAUGGCAAGGAGAAUUCUGUGGAAAUAGAUGAUGAGCAGAUGGAUCUCUCAAGGAUAUUAAAGAAAGUAAAGCACAAGGUCAGCAAAUAUUUUGAGGACAUGGAAAUGGCUGCUGGUUUACAGAAGCACAAGAAAAAGUCGCAGCAACACGGCUAUCGCCGAAAAUUAGGAUUAGCUAAGCAGCGUCAACCAGGACGAAUAAAAAAGGAUUCGAGUAAAUGCAGUACUGAUUGCUCAACAACACUGGUAUUACGUCGAAGUGCGGGGAUUUCAGCAGCAAAACUAAAAAAGGAGCUGCAGCUAUUGGAAAGAAACUUGCAGAAGGAUAAGAAGAAAAAGAAUUCCAGAAUGGCAGUAGAUUGGAAACAAUUAGAUAGGCCAGAAAAGGUCAAAGAACCACCCAUUGUAUUACGACGCAGUGCCCGGAUUCAAGCAGCCAAACUCAAGAAAGAGGCAUUGGAGGAGGCCAAUUUGAGAGAAAGCAAACUGGAGAAACCCAGUACUAGAAAGGUAUCAUCGAAACCUAGAAUCAAUCAACUAGUAGUGUGUCGUUCAUGUUCUAAUUGCAACUCGAUUACCUAUCCUAUGCCGCAGUAUUUGAACACCAUCUUUGUGUGCGCCGAUAUAAACGGGCGGCUCUAUAAACUAAAUUAAAUUUAUUGAUGAUAUUGAAAAUGGGCACUGAUACUCGAAGGAAACAUAAGAAAGUAGAAGCAACAACUUUUCGGUGAGGAUCUAAACAAUUUGGUUCAUAUAAUACAAAAUUUUCGUGAGCAAAAUGCAUCUUCUUAUCUUUGAGAUUUUUAUAUGUGUCCAUAUUGGUUAUUUAUAAUAUAAAUUCAUAAGUAGAACAAGAAAUCGAGUUUUUGUAUGUUUUUUCCGGUACUUUGCCCGUUUUGGGUGGCGCUAAUCUUAUCCUGCACCAGCUGAUUUCCCAGAAAAACCCUUGCAAAGUGUGUUCGGCGGUGAUAUCACGCCUGAGUACGAGUGACAGACUUGCACCGUUUUUACACAAACAGUCAGGCCUUCCGAAAUGCGCGGUUAUCAGGCAGAUGAUAAACAAAUCGCCCCCUGAUAUCGCGCUUUUUUACGCUUUAUGGUGUUUGUCAAACUGGGAAGGCCUCGUCGCCCAAGCGGAGUACACCUUGAUAUCGCCAGCUAGUGUAGGAGACAUUGGAAGACUGACGUCCAAAGCUGGAUCGCUCACCUUGAACCAAAACGACGACUUGUAAUCCCCGCGACUUAAGCUGCUCGUAUAUUCGAGUAUCUGUAUCUGUAUCUGUGCAUCAGAUAAAAGCAAAAAAGCCGCAGGAGAGCUCAAGCAGCGCGUUCAAAAUUAAUCUGCGGCGGCAAUAAUUUCCGAUUUUUUGUGCUCUCAUGAAAAUCCCAAGCAUGUCAAAUUGUAUUCCAUUCG